CCAGGUAAGCAACAUAGGACUGCCAUUAAUCGUGAUUCAAGGUGUGUUGACGAUCGUGUUUCUUCGCAAAGCACCAGCAUACAUGGAAAGAAAUGCUAGUGUGGAGAUUAUAAGAGGCUCCACAAUGUGAAGAUGUGGUUGAAGCGCGAGUUGGAGAUCGCGGUGGAAACUUUCAAAACUUGUUUUAUGAAUUGGGAGACACAUUCAUGAGUUGAACGUCGAACUGAGUGGUUGAUUUUACGUUUGAGGCGUGCUGUUUUAUUUCUUUAUUAUUUUGCAAAAUCACAGAAAAUUUGCAAAUUUGGCGGAAAAAGAUUUUCAUAAAAACAAUAAUAAAAUCAAUAAAAAACUUGUGAUGCCAGAUGAAAGUGAUUUGUUGAAGAAACAAUUUGAUAUUGUGCUAUAUUGCUAACAAAAUACCUAUGUGACACUUUUGCAAGAGUUUUUAUUAAGUAUUCCAAUCUUGAGUUGGCUACUGAACAUUGUCCACUGACUGUGAAGGGAGAUAAAAGUGCCUUACAUCCGAGAUUAUUCUCAGCAAUUUCAACAUCAAAAGGAAGCUCCAGAGAAGCAUGAUAUACGAGAAAAUGUACUACCCUCGAGAAAUGGUAAGUUAGCCAAUUUUUUUAUUACCUGAAAUUAAAUUAAAAUUGUGCAUCACCCUGUACUGAUGUGAGCGAUUGAGGAAAAAAAACAGAAAAUGUUUAAUUUUACAAUGUGACGUCGUAAAUUUGCAGGUGAUGAGAUUGAGAAUAAUUGUUCACAUACUUUUUCGCAGAAUCAAGAAUUCUCACAUCAAAUUAUUUGCAAAAGUACUAUGUAUUGUCUAAAUAAAUGUCUAUUUUUCCUUUCUGAGGAAAUGAUUUAGUGAUGAAAAAAAUUGUAUUUCGAGAAAAAAAGAAAAAAACGGAUGAAAAUUCUAAAUAUACCAAUUAGAGAUUCUGCGAAAAAAAAAUUAAUUGGUAUUUUAAUUUAAUUAUUAACUCAUGCGUACAUUGUCUUAAACUGUUUCAAAUCAAUUUAAGUGAUACAAUUCACACAAUUCGCAUGCAUUUCCAAUUAGUUAAACGCACUCUUUUUGACGCAACAAAAUCUGCGUAAUAUUGCUUUUACCCUGAGCACCUUCCUCCAUCCAACAUCAAAAUCGAAUAACAUAAAUUUCAUUUGAGAAAGUUCAUUUGAUACAGAAACAUUACUCAUUUGUUCUCUGUCUUUUUGCGCAUUUCACUAAAAAUAUAAAAAUUUGUCAAAGUGGUUAUCACCUUGAGCAUACUCUGUCAGCAAUUAUCGCCGAUGACUAGGAAGAAACAGACACCACAAACAGUCCCAGCUGGCGUCUACACACCCGACGCUUUUGCCUCCUACGCUGAAAACUUCGAUUUGUCCCUUCUGCCGUGUGACGGCGAAGUACCUCUGAGUCCAGAUUCUCAGGAGUCUGCAGACUACAUUCCCACAACGGUAUUUGCCGAAGGUGGGCUUCCGGUCAAGACUGCAAUCAACUCCUGGCCUCAACCUGAUCCCGUGCAAUUCCCCUAUUUUGCUGUUGGCCUACCAAGUCCGCCUCAGGAGCCAGUCCUGGGAGUCUUUUCACCAUCUCCCAGUCCUGUUUCGGAAAGUACAACAGUGAAACAGGAAUUUGCCUUAUUGCCACCAUCUCCACCGGAUUCGUGUGGAGUGCCAUCGCCAUUUUGUGUUAAAGCCGAACCUACAGAAAGCGACACGGAGGCCUGCAUAGACCUCGAUUCAUUCCUGCAGAAGUCGCUGGAGGAUUUUGAGACGCCACCCAAAAGGCAGGAUCAUCAACUCCUCCGCGAAUAUCUGCAGGAUACGACAUUCCAGAAAAAACACAACCUGAAGCCAUUGGCACUGGAGUCCUUAAUCGGUGGCUGGGGUACACGUGGUGACAUUGAACCCGUCAUCUCCCUUGCUCUUGAGCACGCCCGACGGGAUGUUCAGACUACCUGUGCCACCCUCAAUAUCUCUCCAGAUCCUCAACAAUGGACAACUGGUCAGGUCCAAGCGUGGCUACAGCUGACCAUUGAGCAAUUUAAGCUGCCACCAGUGAAAGAUCUCGAGACGGUGUUCAUGGAAGAUGGACCGGGAUUGUACCAGAUGUCUGAGGAGGAAUUUGUACGGAGGGCACCUCAGGUCGGCGGUACAUUGUACGCUCAACUGGAGAUUUGGAAAGCUGCGUGCAGCGAUGCCCCACAAACACAAGUGCCAACCACAAGUGCUGUAAAUAAUCUUGCUUGGAGCCCCGAAGGCAGUCAGAGUGCUGAACCAAGUGAUGAUGAAGACGAAGAAAUGCCCCCUGCCCCUGUGGAUACUGCACCUGGGCAGAAACCCAAUCGUCAGGGCAGUUCGCACAUUCACUUGUGGCAAUUUCUUAAAGAACUUCUGGGAUCACCGCAGAAGCAUGGAACGGCAAUACGUUGGCUGGAUAGGAAUAAGGGUGUAUUUAAGAUUGAGGAUUCUGUGCGCGUUGCUAAACUCUGGGGUCAGCGCAAAAAUCGUCCAGCAAUGAAUUAUGAUAAACUAUCACGAUCCAUUCGGCAGUACUACAAAAAAGGCAUUAUGAAGAAAACUGAACGUUCACAGCGUCUUGUCUAUCAAUUUUGCCAUCCUUAUUGCCUCUAAGUCAAACACUAAAAUCUGCGAAUGGACCAUGACCUUUCAAUACUCUAUUUAAAAUUUAUUUAUUUGUAUAAAUUAUUUCUCAUCAAACUUUCCUAAUUUAUUAGCAAAAGUGUGAAAAUUUGUAUUUUGUGUGAUUGAAUUUGUGAAUGUGUGAUUGUUAGAAUUAUUUUAGACAUAUGGUUGUGCAGAUGGUAAAAUGGAGGAAGAAGUAGAAGAGAAAUUUAACGUGAUUUUCUACUUUCACAUGCAAAUAUGUGUUUGCAUAUGGAAUUAGGAGAAUCUCUUGUUUCUGAGUCUAUUGCAAAAUAAAUGCUCUCUCCAGUGUUGUAUUCCAAAUAUUUUUUGCAACAUGCAGAGAUGCUAAAAAUUCUACAAAAA